AUGGCAUCUGGACAGAGAGACAGAGAAGACACAUUGUACGAGAGUACUUUCUACGAGAAAAAAAACAACGAGGAACAAAGGAAGAACAACGGAAAUUCUCACUAUUUUCUCACAAAGCUCCAGCUAAACUUUAAAAGUAUCUUUGAAGGAGGCAAGAGAUUCCAUUCUGUAGAAAAUAUGCAUCAGAACGAAGAAACAAAUUCCUAA